GUACGCCUACCAGCCUAUCAGUCGAGCCUUUUCCCAUCCUUACAGCCAAAUAGCCAAUUCUUUUAACCAGCGUUUCAAACUGCAUAAUGAAGCGUUCUUGCGCCAUUGCUAUCAUUCGUUUCUUCUGCUUUAGUUUGCCUACUUGUGCUAUGAUCUACGGAAAUAAUGAGACAGAUCGACUAGCUUUGCUAGAAUUUAAGUCUAAAAUAACUGAUGAUCCUCUUGGUGUCAUGACUUCAUGGAAUGCCAGUUUUCAUUUCUGCCAAUGGUAUGGUGUUCAGUGUGUACGGAGACACCAGAGAGUGACGGUGCUAGAUCUACGCUCUCUCAAGCUUUCUGGUUCCAUAUCACCCCAUAUUGGCAAUUUAAGCUUUUUAAGAGAAUUGUUCCUUCAAAACAAUAGCUUUACCCAAGAAAUCCCUCAUCAGAUCAGCCAUUUGCUCAGACUACAAACUUUGUUUCUUCAUAAUAAUUCCAUUGAGGGGGAACUUCCUUGUGUAAUUUUAACUAACUGUUCUAACCUUGUUUCUAUUAAUUUGGCAAGAAACAAACUGGUAGGGGAAGUUCCUUGUAAGCUUGGAUCCUCAUUGAAGCUCAAGUACAUGCGUUUUGGAAAAAAUAAUUUGACAGGGACUCUCCCUCCAUCUUUAGGGAAUUUAUCAUCUCUUCAAUACUUCUCUGUAAAUGGAAAUCAAUUGCGAGGGAAUCUUCCUCAUACUUUUGGCAAGUUGAAGAAUUUAAAGGAUUUAAUUUUUUCUAGCAAUCAGUUUUCAGGUACUAUCCCUUACUCCAUCUACAAUAUCUCUUCCAUUGAGAUUAUAGAUGCAGCAUUAAACAACUUCCAUGGCAAUCUUCCAAUUGACUUGGGCCUUCCAAAUCUGAUUCACUUUUGUAUUGUAUCUAAUAAAUUCUCUGGCUCAAUUCCUGCUUCAGUUUCAAACGCCUCCAACCUGCAAUCUCUUCAGCUAAGCAUCAAUGAUUUGACUGGAGCAGUUCCUUCUUUUGAGAAAUUGCAGUCUCUUUAUUUUUUAACUAUGUCAGAGAACCAUUUAGGAAGUAGUGCGACUGGGAAACCUAACAACGAUGACUUGAAGUUUCUUUCCACUUUGACUAAUGCCACCAUUUUAAGACUGAUAAGCAUAGGCCAAAACAACUUUGGAGGAGAGCUACCUCAAGAGACCGGAAACUUAUCGAAAAAGCUUGAGGCUUUUGAUUUAGGAGGCAACCAAAUAUUUGGAAACAUCCCAGCUGGAUUAUUUUCUCUUGAAAGCUUACAGGUAUUUAAUGCAUCAUCUAACAGAUUCUGGGGUACCAUUCCUCAUACCAUAGGAAAGCUUCAAAAUCUACGACUGCUUUAUCUAGAUUAUAACCAAUUCAUGGGAAGUAUUCCAUCUUCUAUUGGAAACUUGACAAAUUUGCUUCAAAUAGAUUUGUCUGACAAUAAUUUUCAGGGCAUUAUCCCUUCGAGUCUAGGCAAUUGCGAAACAUUAAUUUCUAUUGAUCUUAGUAGAAACAAUUUUAGUGGUUCUAUACCUUCUAAACUUUUUCAACUUUCUUCAUUAUCAUUAUAUUUUGGAUUAUCUGGAAAUCGAUUGUCAGGUUCCUUUUCCAAUGAAGUUGGAAAUUUGAAAAAUCUCCAAAGGCUAGAGCUUGGUAAUAACAUGCUAUCAGGAAAUAUUCCAACUAGUCUUGGCAGUUGUGUAAUUCUAGAGUUUCUCGACAUAAGCAGAAAUAACUUCCAAGGCUCCAUUCCUUCAUCAUUAAUUUCAUUAAGAGGCAUCGUAGAAUUGAAUGUUUCUCACAACAAUUUGUCAGGAAAGAUUCCAGAGUUUCUAAAGGCAUUCAACUCAACACAGACUUUGGAUCUAUCUUAUAAUGAUUUCGAAGGUAUGGUACCAACACAAGGUAUUUUCAAGAACGCAAGUGCAACGUCAAUAGCAGGAAAUAAAAGGCUUUGUGGUGGUAUACCUGAAUUUGGGCUACCUGCCUGUAAUUCCGAAGAACAAAACAAAAGAAUGACCAUCAAAUUGAAGAUAAUAAUCUCUACAGUUUCUGUGAUUACAAGCGUAGCACUUGUGCUUGUUUGUUUGUUUCUUUGCUACUCAAGGAAGAAAAAGGAAGGCUCUGCAUCCACACCUUUUGGCAAUGCUCCAUUGAACUUGUCCUAUCAAAGUCUUCUUAAAGCCACUAAUGGAUUCUCUUCAAAUAACUUGAUAGGCACAGGUGGCUCUGGGUCUGUGUAUAAGGGAGUUCUCGAUCCUGAGGGAAUUGUGAUUGCAGUGAAGGUGCUCGACCUUCAACGUCGAGGGGCUUCAAAGAGUUUUCUAGCAGAAUGUGCAGCCAUAAGGAACAUCAGACAUCGAAAUCUUGUCAAAGUACUUACAGCUUGUUCAAGUGUUGAUUAUCAGGGUAACGAUUUCAAAGCUUUAGUUUAUGAAUUCAUGAGCAAUGGGAGCUUAGAUGAUUGGUUGCAUCCAAUUCUUGGACCAGAUGAAGUGCCAAGGACUUUAAAUGUUCUUCAAAGACUUAAUAUUGCCAUUGAUGUUGCUUGUGCGCUCGAGUAUCUCCAUCUUCAUUGUGGAGCACCAAUUGUUCAUUGUGAUCUAAAACCAAACAACAUUCUUCUUGAUGAAGAAAUGACAGCACAUGUAAGUGAUUUUGGGUUGGCGAAGUUCCUUGCUGAUGACAGGCUAGAUUCUGCAAAUCAAUUUAGCUCUCUUGGACUGAGAGGAACUAUUGGAUAUUGUCCUCCAGAGUAUGGUGUGGCAGGCGAAGUAUCAACAUCUGGUGACAUUUUUAGCUUUGGCAUACUCUUGUUAGAGAUGUUUACAGGAAAGAGACCCACUGAUGAUAUGUUCAAAGAGAAUUUGAGCUUGCACAAUUUUGUUAAAGAAGCAUUGCUUGAACAUGUGGCCGGACAAGUCAUAGAUCUCAACCUUCUUCAUGUGCAACUCAAUGUAGAUGUAAUAUCAAGCAAUAAUCAGAAUUUUAGUACAAGGGGAAACAAUAUACUUAUUGAGUGCCUGGUUUCAAUACUUGAAAUUGGAGUUUCUUGUUCGGUUGAAUUCCCACAAGAGCGCAUGAACAUUGGUGAUGUUGUUGCUCAACUCUCUUCUGUUAGAAAUAAACUUUUGGGCUCUGGAUUAUUUCAGGGAGGAGAAGUUAGAAAUGCACUUCAACUCUACUAACUAAAUAAAAGUUGAAGCACAGAUAGUAAAACGUCCUCAUCUUCUGAUGAUAUAGUCUCAUAUACACUUCAUUUAUAUGUUUGUCAAAGUGAAGCAAAACAAUUAAUUAGAAAUCUCAGUUUUCUUUUUAUCACGGGUUUACAAGGUUGAUGAUGACGGAUGUAGAUAUGAAAUGUAGAUGUUAAGUAAUUCCCCAAACGCUCACAAAAAAUUGUUAUGUUUGUAAUGGUUUCUCUACUACCUUUUUCCAAGGUAAUGAAAUGUUGUAAUGUAGCAACCUCUGUUAUACAUGUUCGUAAUAUUGCCACUUGCAUGGCAGUUAGUACUGAGCUCUUGCUUAA